GGCAGACCCUGAGGCGGGCAGUGUUUUCUGCACGCAUUUCGCAAAUGAACCGCGGCUGCCUGAUUGUCCCGACGCUAUUGGCCGUCGUGGCCGCCGCACUCGUGGCCGCCCUGUGCCCUUAUCAGGCCAUCUCGUCCAGACACACCAUCUGCAUGUACAGGGCGGCCGCCUGCUCAGGGAAAGCUCUAAUCAAAAGUGGCGGACUGGGGUGCAUGGACAAGCAAGCGAUUCUGGACACGCACAACCAACUGCGGCAGAGCGUGGCCCUCGGCCACGUGUCUGGCCAGCCUCCGGCCGCUGGGAUGCGCGAAAUGGUGUGGGAUGAUGAGCUGGCGGCGAUCGCCCAAAGGUGGGCCGACCAGUGCUCGGUGGGUCACGACACGGAGAGAUCAACAAGUAGAUUUCCAGUGGGCCAAAAUGUAGCAGCCACUUGGACACACGGCGUCCCAAGCCCAGCGGGACCGGGUCCAAAUUUUCGAAAGCAGAUUGAAGACUGGUUUGGUGAAGUGAUGCGAUGGGGUCUACGGAGGUCAGAUCUUGAGCAUUUCCACUUCAGUGAACACACAGGACACUAUUCUCAGUUGGUCUGGAGCGACACUUACCUGGUUGGCUGCGGCUACUCGUACUUCAAAGACCCGCAGAGAGGUUUCACUAAACUCUAUGUUUGCAACUACGGCCCAGGGGGUAACGUGUUGGGCGAGCAUCUCUACCAACCAGGGCAGUCUGACUGCUCUGGCCCUGACUUGACCCCCUCCAGGAGGUACGCCGGACUCUGCGAAAAACAAGGUUCAAGCCCGCCAGGACUGUUCUGCUCAGCUCACGACGCACACCUGUUCACCUCGCAGAGCCCGUACCGGGAUCACCAUCACGGAGCUGCCACGCAACUUCACCCUCUGCGUAUUUUGCCCACAGUGAUGAGGCCGCCUGCUCUACCAGCACAGGCCAACUUCCUGGCCGCCAUCCUACCCAGAGUUCCACCACUACACCAUCAUUCCUUCUUUGGUUAACUUUUUAGAAAUUUUAUUUUUAGAAAAUUUUGUAAAUAUUCUUGUAAAAUCUGUAAAGUUUCCAAAAUUAGUUAUUUUUACUCCUGUAUGUGUAAAGAUAUUUAAAAAAAAUUAAUUUUAAAUAUUGAUAAAAUGAAGGCACUUAUAUCUGCAAUGCAAAAAAUUUCUCUUGAAAAAGUAUCAACUAUCAUCCCAUCAUACAAGUGUAAAAUAUUUUCUGUCGUACUUUUACUGUGCCGAUUCCGCUUCUUUUUUUUUAACGGAGUGUACUUUUUUGUGAUGUAAUGUAACAUGAAUGGAGAAUAAAAAAAUAAUUAUUUUGCUAA